AUGGCUUCGAUCCUUGACUGUUUCUUCCUUGUGAUUUUCGCUGUUUUUGCACAAUUAUGCUACCCUUCGAAUGCGCGCGUGCUGCCCCUCGAGGUCGCCAACGGGCCUGCGGACAAUUCUUCCGAGCGAAGGGUCUCUGCUGAUCUUUUUGAAUCGCUCGAAGAAUUAGCCCGUAUUGUCGACAUCUCAUACUGUAUCGGGACCACCGGUGUUCAAAAACCGUUUCAGUGCCUCAGUCACUGCCGUGAGCUCAAGGGUUUCGAGCUGAUCACCGCGUGGCAUACAGGCCCAUUCUUGUCCGACUCCUGUGGGUAUAUCGCGCUUUCGCAUCCUCCCUCCCCGAAACGCAUCGUUGUAGCCUUCCGUGGCACCUACUCCGUCGCAAACACCAUCGUCGACCUCUCUGCCUAUCCGCAAGAAUACGUCCCAUAUCCCGUAGGCAACGACACAGAAACCGACACUAACCCGCCGAAAUGCGCCGACUGCUUCGUUCACGCUGGCUUCAUGAACGCCUGGCGAACAACCCGCUCUACCAUCCUUGAGACUAUCUCCGCGGCGAAAGAUCAAUACCGUGACUACGAGCUGACGUUAGUCGGUCACUCGCUCGGCGGUGCUGUGGCUGCUCUAGCAGGAACAGAGAUGAAGUUACGCGGGUGGAAUCCCGUUAUUACGACGUUCGGAGAACCAAGGGUCGGCAACAAGGCCUUUAAUGAGUAUCUCGAUACGAUCUUUGACCUUGAUUCAGGGAAUGCGAAGAACUGGAAGUUUCGCCGCGUAACGCACGUCAAUGACCCUGUUCCUCUAGUCCCGCUUCAAGAAUGGGGGUAUGAAAUGCACAGUGGGGAGAUCCAUAUUUCCCGUGUGGAACUGCCUUUCUCAGUUGACGAUGUUGUCUAUUGCAGGGGUGCUAACGAUGAGAGUUGUAUUGCCGGUGCUGGGGGUGACCCCCGUGACGCUGUUACUGCUGCUGCUCUUUCUUCUCCUGAUCGUGCGUCUGAGAUGAACUUCUUGGGUAACGCGAGAGCGCAGCAAGUUCUCUCGGGCUCGUCUGGGCCAGGAGGCGAGAAGACGAACGCGUCGCCUGAACUCGAAACAGAGACCCGCAACCCUUGGAAUCUACUCCCUCCUCGGUUCCGCCUCUGGGAGUUGUUCUACUCGCAUCGUGAUUACUUUUUGCGUCUUGGGCUCUGCGUUCCUGGUGGCGAUCCUACGGGGACAUGGUGA